GCGCUGGGAGAUUCAAUCGCUCGGAAUCGCCGUUUCGCGGGAGAGCGCGGGGGCCGUGGAGGAUUUAGUUGUUUACAGGCUCGACAGCAGCAACACAUGUACGAGUGAGAGAUUACUCGCUAUCUUUUUGUUAUCAUUCAAUGCAAAGUUUCACUUCGAGUUGCGCCUAAUUAUAUCUAUUCAACAAGAAGAGAAAGUCUUCGACGACGAUGGCGCAGUAUGGAGGACAGAAGAAUCCUCCGUGGGCAACACAGUUUUCUACUGGCGUUUCCCAACCCUCUCUGCAGCAACAGACUUCGCUUCUCGGCGUGUCGCCCGCUCUCUAUGGCCAGCAAUCGGUGGGAAUUGCCACCGGCAUGGGCACUCAGGCCACCGCCGCCUACCCCAUGGCACAGACGGCUGUGGUACUGCAGCAGCAGCAGCAGCAACAGCAGCAGGUGGCAGCUCUUCAACAGCAACAGCAAGCUGCUGUGUUGCAGCAAUUUCAGCAGACGCAACAGAAUCUCUACAAUGUUCAGCAGCAGCAGACGCUGGCGAUGCCGACGAGCCUCGCCGCUCCACAGCAGGCGCAGCAGAUGACCGUGUCCUAUCCAACGCCACGCAUCAUUCAGCAGCAGCAACAGCAGCAUCAACAGCAGCAGCAGCAACAGCAGCAGCAACAACAGCAACAGCAGCAACAGGCGGCAGCUGUCUCCGUGACGCAAAGCGUCGCUCAGAAGCAGCGUGUCUUCACAGGCGUCAUCACUAAGCUGCACGAUAACUUUGGAUUUAUAGAUGAUGAUGUUUUCUUCCAGCUAAGUGCUGUGAAGGGUAAGGCACCCCUUCUAGGUGACCGUGUGCUGGUGGAAGCCACGUACAACCCCAACAUGCCCUUCAAGUGGAACGCUCAACGCGUUCAAACCUUGCCCACUGCACAAAGUCAGGGGCUCAUGAAGCCUCCACAAGCUCCCACCAUGCAGGCGGCACAGAUGAUGCAGCAGCAGGGCUACACCGUGGCGUCGCAGGGCAUGUCUCAACAGCAGAACAUGGUGCAGCCCACCCAGUCUCCCAUGCAGACGCCGGCGUUUGUGGCUGCUGCGGCUCAGGCGGCUCAGGCGGCGAUGCAGCCCUUCCAGUCGCAGCAGUCGCAACAGGCGCAGCAGGCGCAGCAGGCCCUGCAAACGCAGCAGGUGCUGCAGUCGGGGGCGCUGCUCGCAUCCACCCUGUUUGCACAGCAACCGCAGGCCGCUCAGCAGCUCCUGCAGCAAGGUGUGAAUUUGGAGAGCAACAACAGCAUCUGGACAUCACAACACUCCCACGAUGUUUGUUUUGGAUUGGGGAUGCUGCAGAACCAGGGCCGGCCCAUGAACAGCCCGGCCCCCAUGCGCAGGAUGGAGCCUACGGGGAGGAUGUCAGUGCGGCCCGACCGCUUGGAGGCCCCCUUCCCCCGGCGAGAGAACCAGAGCCGUGAGAGGGACCGGCGCCGCUCUCGCUCGCCCGUGAGGAAGCGCUCCCGUUCGCCGCGCCGCGACAGAGAACGCGAACGCUCGCCCCGCCGGCCCCGCCGCACGGCCCCUCGCUACACCGUCGAGUUCUCCCGCUUCUCCCUCGACUGUGCCGGCUGCGACCUGAUGGAGCUGCGGCGCCGCUACCAGAACCUGUACAUCCCCAGCGACUUCUUCGACACGCAGUUCACGUGGGUGGAAGCCUUCCCGAUGGCACGUCCCUUCGCGCUGGGCCAGACGUGCAGCUUCCACGUCUUGCACAAGGAGGUGGAGCCCCUGCAUGCCGGUGACUCGGCCAGCCUCGAGCCCUCCGAUGUCAACCACCUGUACAGUGCCAAGGUGAUGCUCAUGGCCAGCCCAUCUCUGGACGAGAUUUAUCAGAAGUCCUGUGUUCUGGCUGAGGUCUUAGAUGAAGCCAAGGAGACUUUCCAACAUCCGGCACGGCUUAUCAAGUUCCUUGUCGGACAAAAGGGUAAAGACGAGGCCAUGGCCAUCGGAGGCCCGUGGUCCCCAUCCUUGGAUGGGCCCAACCCUGACAUGGACCCUUCCGUGCUCAUCAAAACAGCCGUGCGCUGCACACGGGCCCUCACCGGCAUCGACCUGAGUACCUGCACGCAGUGGUACCGUUUCGCAGAGAUCCGCUACCACCGCCCGGAGGAGCUGCACAAAGGGCGGAAGGUGGCGGCUCGCGUGGAGACUGUGGUUAUUUUUCUCCCGGAUGUUUGGCACUGCACCCCCACCCGUUUGGAGUGGGAGGCGCUCUCGCGAGGCUACAAGCAGCAGCUGACGGGCAAAUCGCAGGCCGCGAACAAGGAGGUGGACGGAGAACAGGAUGAUGAAGAAAAGGAUGAAAAUGGUAAACUCACGACUCCGACGCACCACUCUAAGCUGGAUCCCAAGACGAUGAAGGUGAGUUCUCUGCGCAAGGAGCUAGAGGUGAGGAGCAUGAACGCCAAGGGUCUCAAGUCGCAGCUGGUGGCGCGGCUAAUCAAACAGCUGAAGCAGGAGUUGGAGGUGGAGGAGCAGGAGGCGAGUGAGAAGGCCGAGGCUGAGGAGGUGGAGGAGGAGAAGAAGCCCGCCGAGGAGACCGAAGAGGACGAGGAGAAGAAGCGGCAGGAGGAGAACGAACGCCUGCGCAAAGAGCGGCGUUACACGCUGCCCGAGAUGCCUUCCAUCAUCGUGCACCCCAACCGCACUGCCAAGAGCGGAAAGUUCGACUGCAGCGUCAUGUCGCUCAGCGUGCUGCUCGACUACCGAAUCGAGGAUAACAAGGAGCACUCAUUUGAGGUGUCGCUCUUCGCAGAGCUUUUCAAUGAAAUGCUGCAGAGGGACUUUGGGUUUCGCAUCUACCGGGCGCUGAUGGCCGCUCCGGAGAAGAAGGAUGAGAAAAAGGACAAAAGGGAUAAGAAAGAGACUGACAAAAAGGAUUCGAAGAAGAAGGAGGUGGAGAAGAAAGAGGUGGAGAAGAAAGAGGUGGAGAAGAAAGAGGUGGAGAAGAAAGAGGUGGAGAAGAAAGAGGUGGAGAAGAAAGAGGUGGAGAAGAAAGUGGUGGAGAAGAAAGAGGCCAAGAAGGACAGCGACGACAAGGACACGGAGAAGGUUGUUGUCGUGAAAAAGGAGAAGGUGGAAAACGAGGGCAAAGAUCAGGAAGAGCCCAAGGCCAAGAAACGGAAAACCGACGACGAGAAAGAUGAAAAAGCAGAGGAGAGCGAGGGGCAGCUCAAGGCAGAGGAGGAGGAGGAGGACAAGGACUCCGAGUCGAGGGAAGAGGAGGCUUCUAACUCGGCCGACGAGGAAGAUGACGACGAUGAUAAAGAGGAUGACAAAAAAGAUGACAAAAAAGGAGACCGGAAAGCCAAAGAAAAAACUGUGAAAGAAAAGGAGAAGAAGGUCACUGUAUACCGAGACCUCCUGCUCGCUUUCGGAUACUUUGACCAGAGCCACACGGGCUACCUGCAGGAGAAGGACUUGGAGGAAAUCCUGUACACGCUGGGUCUGCACAUGUCACGAGCGCAAAUCAAGAAGCUGCUGUCCAAAGUGAUGGUACGCGACGUGUGUAACUAUCGCAAGCUGACGGACGCCUUGGAGGGAGAGUCGGUGAGCGAGACGCGGCACGAACAAAGCUCCACGUUGGAGGAAAUUCUCGCGCAAGGAAACAGGCCUAUGCUGCCCUUCACGCUCAGCAGAGUGGCGGCAAAGAGGAAGCCUGGCGACGCGGAUAUUCAGUCCAGCAUGGUCACCUAUCAGGGGGCGCUGGUGGACGUGGGCAGCCUCCUGCAAAAGCUGGAGCGGAGCGAGCGAGCGCGCGAUGACCUGGAGUGCCAGUAUCAGGCUCUACAGCUGAAGAUGGAGGAGCUCAACGCCAGCAUGAGUGCCACCGGUGACACGAACCUGGCGCUGUCGCUGGAGCUGAAGGAGACAAACAGCCGUUUGAGCGGGGUGGAGGACAAGCUGCGGAGCCUAGAGCAGCGCCACAGCGCCUUCACCAAGCUGCUGCAGAGCACCUCAUCUGGCCUCUCCAACCUGCUGGCCGGCAUCACUGGCGCUGUCAAGGAGAAACUCGAAGAGGAGACGAAACCGGAAGCGGAAGAGCCUGUGGAGAAUGGGGCUGACGCAUGAUCUGCGGAGAUUGGUGGAUGACGUAAUUGUGGAAAAAACUGUAGCCGUCGCUCCUAGCGGGGGUUUGGCUGACUGGUGCACGUGGUCCAGUGGUGAUAACGCAGUUGUCUGUCGGCAACAUGGUAAUUUGGCCACAGGAAAGUAGAGCAUAUGAAUGCGUGUAAGUAAAAAAAGAGUCAGAUUGGUGACAGUCGUGUUCCUCAGUGCGUUUCCUGAUUCUGUUGGGUGCCGAACCAAAACACCCAUAUUUAUACCGGAGAACAAAGUCAACCCCUGUGGGAGAAACAUUUCCUUGUGCUUAUGGAACUCCCUGUGUUCACACCUUUAUAGAGGUCUGCCACUGUGGUAUUGUCUAGUGCUGAGCCAUUGUGCUUUCUGGGCAAUUUUUUAUGCUAAGGUGUGUCCAAGAAAUACUAUAAAAUUAAAGGAAUGGGUGCCCCAGAAAUAUCUGGGUUUUUUUUUCAAGAAAACCCUGCUAUUUCCAUCGUGGCCAAAUUGAGGACAUUUACAGCCUGUACUUGUAUUUAACUUACUUUUUACAUGAUGAAAAUACAAAGGAAAGUUGGAGAAAAAAACCCACCGAAACUGCCGAAAAUCAACGAGCGAUUUCUGCAACGCACAAUCCAGUGCUACCAUUAGAUGCUGUGCAGUAUAGUUCUUAACUGGGACUCUGGCACGUGACAUUUCCACACAGCGUGCACACGUGACAAACAAUUGGUCUGCAUUGCAUUGUAUUCUGUUCAAGUGAGUUUCGAGUGUGAUUUUAAUUUUUUUUAAACGUAAAAAUUUUGAGGGGUCUGCAAAUAAAUCCCCAUUUGUAUGCAGGGCAUUGAAUGUCUGCCCACGUUAUCUUUGAGGAUACUCUUGUAUCCUGCGCUUUGUACAUACAUCCCAAGCUUAGGUAAAUGUCUGUGUCGCGAGUUUUGUGCAGCACUGCACCAGAGCCGGAUUCCACAAGACUUGAGCCAACAUGGCCAAUCGUCUCUCACACAGUUGCACGCAGUUGGGUUUUUGUUGCUGGUGGCAUUGCUGGGAUGGUGAUGAUCUCAUUGCUGCGGGCAACGUGUAGUGCACUCGUAUGUUGACACUGCAUCUGUUUGCGCUCAACCCUUACAAACCCAUAGGCAUAGCACAUUAACAGUUGUGUUGAGCUUGUGGAGUGCAGUUGAUGGAUGGUUGCGUUAAAAUAGUACUUGGGUUAUUCUAAGGGUUUGAUCAGUGCGAUGGGAAAUGAGUGACAAGGUCCCUUUUACCACUUCAUCUGGAUCACGUCUGAUUGCAAUUUGGCCAGAUCUCAGAAUUGGUCCUCAUAUGUACAUUUUGUACCACUAGACUUGUUUACCAAAUGAAGCAAAAUCUACAGAUCUUAAAGUAACAUUAAUGCAAUGCACAUGUCAUUUUGUACGUUAAAUUCGAUGUAGCGUUUGUGCAUAAAUGCACAGAACUUCACAUUUGUGUGUGUAGCAAAUACUAAAUUUCUGUCAGUUGCAAGCAAACGAAGAUGCAAACUGCAACCUCAGGCUCAUUGUAUUGCUGAAGAACAAGUACAGGAAUGCAGUGCAAGUGUUCUGCACAGUGGUGUGGCAAACAAUAUAUUUGACACAAUAGCAUAAGAUGAAAUAAGUUCUAUUGUGAUGUGUUUUGAUAUUUUGUGAAAUUGUUGCAGCAAUAAAUAUGCUUUAGACUUGUUUUUA